CUUCACUGUGAAUCAGCUGAGGCGUGUGACGUGAGCAGCGCGGACGCGGUUUGUUUAGCGCCCACGCGGUCGUCCGUCAGCCACGUUUUUUAAAUAAACGGCUUAAUAUUUCAGUAUUUGUCUUAUUAAAACGACAUAUUCGACAUACGAAGGUCUUAGAAUGACAUUCUAACUGGAUUAAUUCAUGGCGCCCAUCGAAACGCAUGAGGACACCGGGACACACGGCAACAUGCCCGGGCUUGUCUGAUUUUCAGGGCCGGGGGAAAGACAGGACUUAAGCGCGACCACCACCAUGGACAGCAAAUUUCCCAGUCAGCUUUUCCCACAUUUUUAUCUGGACGGACCGCCUGAAAUAAAGCCGAAGCAUAAUUACGGAGGCUGGGGUUCAUAUGAGCGCGUGUUUGCUGUCAAUGCUGGGCCGUGUGAUGAUGAACAGUCAUCGAUCCAGCAUGUGUUUGAAUCCCAGCACACUGUGAGUGGUGAGGAUUGGGUGCCGGUCCAACCAGCGGUUACCCCUUUAUUUCCACCAUGUGAAGAUACUAAAGUCUCAUCUGCUGUUCUGCAAGAUCCAAUGGAUUUCCCAGAGCAUAUGCAGUAUUUUUACCAGCAUCACUGUAUGGAUGCAUUCUCCACAAUGGGACAUUUGCUUCAGGGCAACUUAACUUUCAAGAAAAAACAGCCAGAGGAUGUCACGUCAAUGCGCUGGGCCAAUGGCUUCCUAAAGGGCUUGCAUUAUAAAAAGUGUGAGAUCUCGUGUAGGUCGAUGAGGAUCCGUGCUUUGCAUCAUCUUGUCACUGAUGUUGUGAGCGAUGUUCCUCCAUCUCUCCUCGCCUCGCUCCUACACGAAGAGCUGACGACUCAGAGGAAGCAGCAGCAGUUCUGUGCAGACCCAACAGGAGGCACUCUGGGAUACGUGCCCUUAUACGAAUCCCAGGGCUACAGCGAUGGCUGUUUGAUCUAUCCCAGCGGAGCUGCAAUGGACAAACUCAAUAUCCACAGGGUGGUGCAACAGUACAGUGAUGACAAGCCUCCUAGUUUUGUCACAGACUCUCAACCUUUUGUUUAUUAUUUGAAUGGAACUGUCAGACAGAUCAGUUCGGCCAAUAUGGAGGAUGUAGGCAAUGUGGCAGUGCGGUCGGAUUAUUUCUGUGGCGUUUGGCUGCUAGGUGACAAAACGAAGCCGCUGUUAAUAGACGUCAUCCAGACAAAAGAUCGCUUCUCCUGUAUCACCGUCAGUCCACACAUCCCUAAUGAGCUUGUGGUAGUCAAUGAGUUGGGAGCAGCCUAUCUUUGGACUGCGAGAAAAGGAUUGCAGAAGUUCCGUCAGGAGGAUUCCAACCUGUACUUCAAUGCGAAGUCGCCAUGGCGAUGGUGUGAGUUCUCCUGUCACCCGAGAGUGAUGGUGUAUGCGGACAGAACAGGGGCGGAGCUUACAGACAUACGGAGUGCUGAUAGUAAUCACACAUUGUUCCGGAUCGGAAGAACAGCAGAUUGUAGGUCGGGAGAGAGAGUGAUACUCACCAAAUACCUGAGUAAAAGCCACGCCCAUCACCACCUCAUUAAUACCCAGUUUUCCACCUACAUCAUGGAUGAGCGGGUUCCUUCUGUCCCUAUGCUGAAAUGGGACCAUAUGAUGGAGUCUCCACCGUUGUUUGCUUGCGAUUUGCCGGCACAGGCCCCGAGCCAAAUGUGCAAACUGCUGCUGGGAGCUCAGAGGUCACAGGAGCUCAUGUUACUGCAGUACACGGGUGGGAGGGAGCACGCCUGUCAGACUCGGGGAUCCAUUCAGAAGCUUUUUAGUCCUAAAGAGACUCUGAGCCACCUAAAUGUUCAGCUGCCCCACAAAAGAUGCCUCGCUGAGAAGAGACUGAAUGUGCCUGCUGCAGGUUUUGCAGCUGUACAAAAGAAGGACUACCUGUCCGUUUUCCAUCUUACAGAAGCUGGAGACAUCUUUUACCAAACGUUGAAGUUGUACACAGAUCAGACCACAACCAACAAUGGUAUCCCAGCACAAUCUGUCAGUGUGCAACGUACAGCAGAAACUGAAGAAAGCCAGAAAGCGGAGUCCCACUCUGACAGUGAAGAUCAAUCUGUUCAGAGCGACUCUGAGACCGAGAGACGGCGAACGGCAUUUCGUCAUUUGAAAGUGAUCAACAAUGUCGAUAAUGAUGACUCAAAUGCUUUGGAUACAAAUAAUCAACCAUCAAGCUCUUCGAUUGGGAAUAAACCUACUUGUUUCACCAGACCACCCAACCCAAGCAAGGAUCCCGAUCUCCAGGUUGCCUGGGACAAAUGGUUCAAGCCUAUUUUUAAAAAGGCUGCGGGCAAAAAGCGGCACCCUAUUUUUCCACGCACCAGAACUGCUUAUUUAAAGGGCAUGGUGGGCAAAAAGCUGAAUAAACCAAAGGAGGAUCGAUUUAUGAGGCUGAGGAAAGACCUUCAAGAGGUCAUGAAGAAGAAAGAGUUGCUCUUGCAUGGGGGCACGUACCUGCCUCACCUGAACGUGACGCCGGUUCCCAAUCCUGUAGAUCCCGACGACUGGCCUGACGACGUGAGCCAGCGGAUGGCUGCGUCUUGGGAGGGCCAUUGGAAACUCUGGUGGGAGGAGAAGCUGGGUUUGAACCGGGACAAGAAAAUCGCGUCUCUUCGACGAAAGCGUCGAAAGGAGAAGCAGGCGAGAGCUCGCAGUCGCACCUCACUUUCUGGAAGCUUCACCUCGUCUGUGAGUUACCAAGAGAGUCUCUCAGGUUUGUCGUCUGCGGCGAGCCAGUAUCUGGGAUCGGACAGCGAGACUCAGGCGAGCUCGCAAGCCACGGACAUGGAGGAUUGGAGGGCCAGACCUGAGAUGCACAGAAAGAGCCCCAUCAUUCUGAGACGGUUUUUAAAUGAGCAGUUGAAUGCGGACGAACCUUUCAGAUCUCGUACAAGAUCUUCUCAAAGGCCCGAUCAAGACCUUUUGAACUCGCCAUCUAAAUCUCAGUCUUCCAUUCAGGUUGAACGACCAACCUCUGGCCCCCCUAGUGUUGCAGAAGAGAUGGAUUCGGGACCUCCACCGUCAGUCACCUCCACACGGCCGUCAACUAUCCAGUCGAAACGGCGCAAGGAGUUUUACCUUAGUUCCGUUCCCAUUUCCCAAACAUCGACUCAGAACACUGCUUCGCAGGUUCGCCCUUCUUCGCCAAUUCCUCCGUCUCAACCCGCCUUGUCUUCCCAAAGAUUUUAUCAAUUGAGAAACCUCUCUCAGGCCUCCCAGCCAAAGAAGAAGUCUCGGAUGGGCUUCUAAAAACCCGCCUCCGAACGAGGAAUGCUGCAAGGUGAGCUGUGUUUACCUCUCGCUCUCAUCCCAUGCUCCCUCCGGGAUGGUAGGCAGCUCGGGGGCGUUUCGGUAGCAGCUGUGCAGAUUCUGCGCAGUCCUCCGCGAGACGAUCCACACCAGUUUCUUGUGGUCCGGUUUGGC